CCCUGGACUUUGCUUCUCCUUUAUUCAGUGAGGGAUUGGACUAGCUGGUCCUUAAGAACUUUUCAGAAAGUCUGGUUCUGGCAGAUGAUCAAUGGGAGCAUCUUAUGCUACGAGCUUUCCUGGAAUGACAGACACCAUGACUCCUGCGAGGACCCAGCAUUUCCUGGCAGCUCAGACCUACGCCUUGCCCUUCAUCCCACCAGACCUGCAGGAAGAGGAGGCCGUCCAGCAGGUGGCGGAUGCCCUGCAGUGCCUGCAGAAGGUCUCCGGAGAUAUCUUGAGCAGGCAGUAUGUUCUGCUGAUUCCUUCUGUUCUACAAGAAGGCUCUUUGGAUAAAGCUUGUGCCCAGCUUUUUAAUCUCACCGAAUCUGUUGUUUUGACGGUCUCCCUCAACUAUGGUGAGGUCCAAACCAAAAUGUUUGAAGAAAAUGUUACUGGAGAAAAUUUCUUCAAAUGCAUCAACUUUGAGGUCCCUCAGGCCAGAUCUGACCCACUGGCGUUUAUUACAUUUUCUGCUAAAGGAGCCACUCUCAACCUGGGAGAGAGGAGAUCUGUGGCAAUCAGAUCCAGAGAGAACGUGGUCUUUGUACAAACUGAUAAACCCAUCUACAAACCUGGACAGAAAGUGAUGUUUCGAGUUGUGUCUCUGGAUGAUCAUUUGAAACCAGUUGAUGAAAUGUAUCCAGUGAUCACCCUUCAGGAUCCAGAAGGCAACCGAAUACAACAGUGGGUGAAUAAGGAGUCUGUGGGAGGAAUUCUACAACUUUCCUUCCAGUUAAUCUCAGAGCCCAUCCUCGGGUGGUAUAGAAUCACCGUGGAGAUGCUCAAUGAGAAGAAAACAUAUCACUCCUUCUCUGUGGAAGAAUAUGUGUUACCCAAAUUUCAAAUGACGGUGGAUGCACCAGAAAAUAUCUUAGUAGUGGACUCUGAAUUCAAAGUGAAUGUCUGUGCCUUAUAUACCUAUGGUGAACCUGUGGACGGGAAGGUCCAACUUAGUGUGUGCAGAGAAUCUACUGCUUAUCAUUCAUGUGGUCGUCUUAUCAGUUCACUCUGUAAAAAUUUUACCAUUCAGCUAGGGAAAGAUGGCUGUGUCUCCAAGUUUAUUAACACAGAAGCUUUUGAGUUAAAUCGGGAAGGAUACUGGAGUUUCCUCGAAGUGCAUGCUCUUGUUACAGAAGAUGGAACAGGUGUACAGCUUACAGGCUCCAAGUACAUACACAUAGACUCAUCAGUGGUGAAGAUUAGUUUUGAGAAUAUGGAUAUGUCCUACAAACAGGGACUCCCUUAUUUUGGUCAGAUUAAAUUGCUUAAUCCAGACAACUCUCCAAUCCCAAAUGAAGUUGUCCAGUUGCAUCUGAAGGACAAAGUUGUGGGCAACUACACCACAGAUGUAAAGGGCAUCGCUCAGUUUUUCUUGGACACAUCUAUGUUUACAUACCCAAAUAUCACCUUGAAAGCAGCCUAUAAGGCUAAUGAAAAUUGCGAGGCUCAUGGCUGGGUGUUGCCUCAAUACCCUCAGCCCGAGUACUUUGCAUACCGAUUUUACUCGAAGACUAACAGCUUCCUAAAGAUUGUCCAAGAGAUGGAAGAACUGAGAUGCAACCAGCAGAAGAGGGUGCUAGUGCACUACAUUCUCAAUAUGGAAGACUUUGAAGACAAAACCUACACAGCAAACUUCAAUUAUUUGGUGAUUUCAAAAGGUGUAAUCGUUCUUCAUGGGCAACAGAAAAUUGAGAUCAAUGAAAAUGGGAGGAAGGGCAUAUUUUCCAUUUCUAUAGACGUUAGCCCUGAGUUAGCGCCCUCAGUAGAUAUGCUUGUCUAUAGCUUGCAUCCUGGAGGAGAAAUGGUCACUGACAGCACCCAGUUCCGAAUUGAGAAAUGCUUCAAACAUCAGGUCAACUUAAAUUUUUCUGAAGAAAAAAGUUUACCAGGAUCCAAUGUCAAUCUUCAAGUCUCGGCUGCUUCAAACUCUCUUUGUGCUCUUUGGGCUGUAGACCAGAGUGUAUUGCUGCUAAGGAGUUAUGGUCAGCUGUCAGCACAAAGUGUGUAUAGUCAGCUAUAUUCCAGGGAACUAUAUGGCUAUUAUUUCAGAGGACUUAACUUAGAAGAUGGCCUUAAAGUGCCAUGUCUUAAAGAUGAGCAUAUCCUUUACAAUGGAAUUUAUUACACACCUGCAUGGGCUGACUUUGGAAAAGAUGCCUAUGACCUUGUGAAGGCAAUGGGAUUAAAGAUUUUUACCAACUCUCACCUCCGGAAACCAGUAUUGUGCAAGGACUCUAACCAUCUUGACUAUACUGAUUACAUAUCCUUAGAGGGUUAUACAGGUUCGGACCUCAAGAGUAAAUUUCAUGGUGAAACUCUGAGAAAAUCAUUUCCUGAAACUUGGGUUUGGAAUCUUAUUACAACUGACUCCUCAGGUGCAGCCAACCUUAGACUUACUGUUCCAGAUACAAUUACACAAUGGAAGGCCAGUGGAUUCUGCAUGAAUGACAAAGCUGGAUUUGGCCUCUCCCCAACUGUCUCCAUGACAGCUUUUCAGCCCUUCUUUGUGGAUCUCACUCUGCCCUAUUCAGUGGUUCGAGGAGAAGCAUUCACUCUGAAGGCCAAUGUCUUCAACUAUCUGAAGAGCUGUAUUCAGGUUAAUACUGUACUGAAAGCAUCUAGUGUUUACCAAGCCAGACUUCUCUCAACUGAACAUGAAAAUAUUUGUAUAUGUGGCAAUGAGAAAAAAUCCUUUACUUGGCUGGUUACCCCCCAAACACUGGGUACAGUCAACCUCACUGUCACUGCUGAAACCCUGCAAAAUAGUGGCUGCGGGAAUGGGUCAUCUACAGCUCCAGACAUUGGCUGGAGGGAUACACUGAUCAAACCCUUGCUGGUAGAGCCUGAAGGUAUUGAAAAGGAGAUGACACAGGGCUCACUUAUUUGUACAAAUGGAUCCACAGUAUCUCAACCAGUAGUGCUAACUUUACCAGAUAAUCUUGUAAAAGAUUCACCUAGAGCUUAUUGGUCUGUCCUUGGAGACAUUCUUGGUUCUGCCAUGCAGAACCUACAGAAUCUUCUUCACCUGCCUUUUGGUUGUGGAGAGCAGAAUAUGGCCCUGUUCACUCCCAAUAUUUACAUCUUGGACUAUCUGAGUCAGACUCAACAACUGACCGAAGAGAUCAAAUCCAAGGCUAUUGGAUACCUGACCACAGGUUAUCAGAGACAGCUGUCUUAUAAACACUUCGAUGGAUCAUAUAGUACCUUUGGACAUAAAGAUGAACAUGGACACACAUGGCUCACUGCAUUUGUUUACAAGUCAUUUGCACAGGCUAAACGUUACAUUUAUAUCGAUGACAAAGUUCAAUCCCAAACGCUUAUUUGGCUCUUAAAUAUUCAGAAACCAGAUGGCUGCUUCCUAAAUUUUGGCAAAGUCUUCAACAAUGCUUUGAAGGGAAAAGAAGAUAAUGAAAUCUCUCUAACUGCAUAUGUUAUUAGUGCUCUGCUUGAAGCUGGCCACCCAGUCUUGUAUAUGGCUAUUCAAAAGGGUCUCCAGUGCUUAGAGACUGUAUCUAGGGAAAGAGCUAUGACUACUUAUGAGCAGGCUCUCCUAGCCUACACUUACAGUUUAGUAGGCUAUGAAGACAAAAGGGAAUUCUUCUUCAAUGAGCUGAACAAAAAAGCAAAAAGAGUAGGUGGCUCCGUGUUCUGGGAACUGGAAGAGAGGUUGUCUAUGGAAGGAUCAUCAUCUUUCUACUACCCUCAGGCUUCCUCCGCAGAUAUAGAGAUGACCUGUUAUGGGCUAUUGGCUCUUCUUUUCAAGCCACGGCUGACUUCAGAAGAACUGUCCUAUGCAUCUCAGAUUGUACAUUGGGUGGCAAAGCAGCAAAAUUCCCGUGGAGGUUUCUUCUCCACAAAGGAUACCAUUGUGGCUCUCCAAGCUCUGACGCUAUUCCAGAGGCUCACUUUCUCUAAGAAUAGACAAAAUUCAGUGCAGAUUUUCUCUGACCAAGGAUUCAAUACAGCCUUCCAAGUGAAUGAUAAGAACCGUUUGUUGCUACAACAAAUUCCAUUGCCAACAACUAAGGGAAAGUAUAUGGUGGAAGUGAAUGGCAAUGGCUGUGUUUAUGUUCAGUCAACUUUGAGAUAUAACAUCCUGCUCCCUAAGAAGUCAUCUGGAUUUUCCCUUUCUGUGAAUACAGCCAAUGCUUUCUGCAGAGGAUUAUUUGAUGCAAAAUUUGACCUUGUUGUUUCAGCCAGUUAUUAUGGAAAGCGCAACUCUUCCAACAUGGCAAUCAUUGAUGUGAAGAUGCUUUCAGGAUUUGUACCAGAUAGAUCAUCAGUUAAGAAGCUUCAGGAAGAUGGCAAAGUACAACGAGUAGAAAUCAAAACCACCCAUGUCUUUUUCUAUCUGGAGAAUGUUACUCAAAAAGAAAUUCAAUUCUCAUUCUCCAUCAAACAAGAUGCACUCGUAUCCAACAUCAAGCCAGCAUCUGUUCAGCUCUAUGAUUAUUAUGAAACUGAUGAAUUUGCACUUGCAGAAUACAGCACACCAUGUGGUCAGAUGUCCUUUGAAACCUCCUCAUUCUAGGAUAAGGAAAAUGAGAUGGAAAAGAAGAUACUUUGUAACUGAGAUAUCUAUCAAGUUUGUUCCUGGAAGCUUUAAGCCUGCACUUCCCAAAAGCUUCAACCAGCAGAGACCAGGGCCAGUAGACAAAUGCUCUCACCUCUGCUCUUAGUCAAGUACUGUGGGAGGCAUUCCAAAUGCUUCUCAUGAAGUCCCCUUGAAAUCCAUCUCCCAGAUUUUCAGGAAGCAGACUCCACAACAAAUCCUUAAAUUAGCCUUUGUCCUUUUUUGACACAGUCUCCCUGCUGUCUCACUCGUGUUUCCUGGGAUCCCCAGUGAAAUGAAUUAUCUGCAUCCAAGCCCUUACCUCAAAUUCUGCUUUCAUGGCAACCCAAGCAGAGAAAGCCUAUCCCAUCAAUCACUGAAUAACUAUAGAAAACACUUCGUUAGAUAAAGAGUAUUCUAACAUAUUGAUACUUUAGUUCUGGUAUAUGUUUCUGAAUAAUUUCUCUGGGAAGUGUGGAAAAGUAAGCUUUCAUGUUAUUUAAACGUAAAAAUGUUUAUUUUCCUUGGCAACUAUUGUUGAGUAAAACCUGACCAGAA